AUGUCCGGUAAACACCGAGGAGUUCAGGCGCGUGUCAGACAAAUUAUUCCAGAGGCUAUUUAUGUUCACUGCAAAGCUCAUAACCUUAAUUUGGCAAUAGUUCAUGCAUGUAAAGAGCCUCUAGUCAGAAACAUCAUGGACACAAUUCAGCAAAUUUCCUUUUGUUUCAAUGAAUCAGGGAAACGUACCGUCUUCUUCCGAGAUGAGUUAGCGGAAAACGACGAAGUUAAAGAAGAUAUGGGACGUAGGGCCAAGAUACAGACCUUGUGUGACACAAGGUGGGCAAGUAGAUGUGACGCACUGUAUACAUUUCUCACUGCUUACCCUGUCGUCGUUAGUUCUCUGAAGAAGCUGGAAAGAAACGGGGACUCCAAAGCACGCAGCUUUAUAUGCUGUAUAUCCAAGUUCGACUUCCUCAUAGCACUGGUAGUGGUGGAACAUAUUCUACAAAUAAUCCAUCCGCUUUCUAUCAUGCUUCAAGCGAAAACGUUUGACUUAAUAGAAGCUGUACAGGAAGCAAAGGUGGUAAAUAACAAACGGAAUGAUGACGUGGAAUGGGAGGAGCUUUUCGACAAGGCUACCUCAUUGGCAGCCAAGGUUGAUGAAAUCCCCACCAUCCCCAGGGGUGCCGCAAGACAACAGCACAGGGCUAACGUACCAGCUGCAACGCCGAAGGAAUACUGGAAAAGGGCCCUCUACUAUCCUUUCUUGGAUCACAUCUUACAAGAACUUGAAGAUCGUCUUGCAGGAAAUGAAGCAAGGUUCCAACCACAGUAUUCGAUACCUACAAAACUAGACGGACUUACAGAUGAUAUCUCAAGACAUGAUCUUACUGCAGUUAGUUUCGAUGUCUUUCACAUUGAAGUGACCCGAUGGAAAUCAAGAUGGGCCAUCGUCACAAAUCAAAAACCAGGAACCCUCGUAGAAACACUGAAAUCUACAAACCAGAUGCUGUAUCCAAACGUCUAUGUUUGCUUGGCCAUCCUUGCAACCAUGCCUGUGGCAACUGCAACAGCUGAGAGGUCUUUCAGCGUAAUGCGGAGGGUGAAAACCUAUCUACGAUCAACUAUGACAACGGACAGACUUUCAUCCUUAGCUUUGAUGCAUGCCUAUAAGCACACAGAAAUAGACGUACAGCAAGUUAUCAACGUAUUUGCAGAUCGAAAAUCCAGACGACUUGCUUUCCUAUUUCGACAAUGA